AUGGAAACCAAACCUCCCUCGGAGUCCAUCUCCCCCAACACCGACGAAGUCCAAAUCUUCAAAAAUGGACGCAGUGCGACCCUCGUCGAGCCAGAAGCUCCAGAAUCCCAAUCAUUGUUCUCAGCCCUCUUCAACUGCAAAGCCAAAUAUGACCUCGACGCAAUAGCAACCACUCGAAGCGUCUUUGACGACCCCCUCCUCGCCAAAUACUACGCACCGCAUCCCUCCUACGAGAACCUGCACCGCUUCGACCCAAACGCAAGAUGGACAUACCGCGAAGAAGCCUCCAUUCGCCGCAAAACGGACUACACCAUCCUCCUCUGGAUCCUAGUCAUGUUUUUCGGUCUCAAUCUCGACCGUGGAAAUCUUGGAAAUGCAGCCGCUGAUAAUCUCCUCGAUGACCUGAAUCUUACCACGAAUGAUUACAACAAUGCGCAGAAUAUGUACCGCAUUGGCUUCUUGAUCUCGGAAAUCCCCUCCCAGAUGAUCGGGAAGAGACUUGGACCUGAUCGCUGGAUUCCUUUCCAAAUCAUUGCCUGGAGUUUUGCGUCCGGUGGCCAGUUCUUCAUGCAGAAUCGGGCCGGAUUCUUCGCGUGUCGGUUCCUUUUGGGGCUAUUCAUGGGUGGAUUUAUUCCCGACUCCAUUCUGUAUCUGUCUUACUUCUAUAAGAAGACUGAGAUGCCGUUGAGGCUGGCGCUGUUCUGGUUUACGGAUUCUAUGUCUGGUGUCAUUGCUUCGUUUAUUGCUUAUGGGGUGCUACAUAUGAGAGGUGUUGAUGGAAAGGAGGGGUGGAGGUGGUUGUUCCUCAUCGAGGCUUUGAUCAGUCUUGUGAUUGGGGGUUUCAGCUUUCUGUUCCUGGUUCCUGGUCCCACGCAGACGAAGACUUGGUGGAAACCGAAGGGGUUUUUCUCGGAGCGUGAGGAGAUCAUCACUGUGAACCGGGUUCUGCGCGAUGAUCCUUCGAAAGGAGAUAUGCAUAACCGCCAAGGUCUUUCGCUCUCUAUGUUGUGGAAAAGUCUGAAAGAUUACGAUCUGUGGCCCGUCUAUGUCAUCGGCAUGCUUUUUGAGAUCCCCACGGCUCCCCCGAAGACAUACCUCACUUUGUCCUUGAAGGCCAAUGGGUUCAGCACUUUUCAAACAACCCUGCUUGGUAUCCCCGUGACUGUCUUUGCAUCUAUCAACCUCCUCCUCAUCACCGGACUGACAGAGCGAAUCCACCAAAUCUCCCUGAUUGGUCUGUUGACACAGGUGUGGUCCUUGCCACUUCUCAUCAUCCUCUAUACCUCAGCUGGAAACUUGAGCGAAUGGGGUCUCUACGCCGUGACAUUUGUCUUACUCGGCUGGCCGUCUCCACACGCUGCUCAGGUCGGGUGGUGUUCUCGUAUAAGCAAUUCUGUUCGGACCCGGGCUAUCAGUGCCGCACUUUACAAUAUCACCAUCCAGUUGUCGGGAAUCGCUUCGUCCAAUAUCUAUCGCAGUGAUGAUAAGCCACUCUAUCGACGUGGGAAUGGACAGCUCAUUGCCAUUAAUGUCGCUGCAAUUGUUGUCUACGCUCUGGUCAAGAUUUACUACGUGGCUAGGAACAAUUGGAAAAAGCGUCAGUGGGAAGCUCUUCCUGCGCAAGAGAAGGCCGCAUACCUGGAGACGACUUCGGACGAGGGAAAUAAAAGACUGGACUUCUUCUUUGACAGCUAG